AGAUUAUUUUUAAAGUAAUCGAGGGUUUGGCGAGUUUUGGCUCAGAGGAAAUUUAACGCAAAGAUAUCGCACAGUUUUGGCAAGUCUCACAGCGGAGACGGAACCUUUUGGCAAGAUGGAGUCAGAGCGCAACGAACAGGCUACAGAGCCUAUAAUGUGCAAGAACGGCUGUGGUUUCUGCGGAAACCCUGCCAAUGAAAACUUGUGUUCCAAGUGCUAUCGUGAAUACAUUAAAAGUCAGACAUACAAGUGCGAGAGCCAGGCACCAAACUAUGGCGAAGAAAAGGACGUUUCCUAUGAGAAGGGAGUCGAAUCAAAUGAAAAGGCUGAGAUUAAAGACGUGAUCAACGACACGCUCACUGCAAUGCUGAAGACACCAGAGCCAGAAGCGGCUGCACCACCUGUACAGGACACAUCCAGGUGUUACAUGUGCAGAAAGGCAGUUGGACUCUUGGGCUUUGGAUGCAGGUGUGGAUUCACGUUUUGCAGCCUACAUCGCCAAGCAGCUGCGCAUAACUGUGCCUUUGAUUACAAGGCAUUCAACAAGAUGCAACUCGAAAAACGUAGCGUCAAGGUCGUUGCCGACAAACUCGAAAGGUUGUAAGUGGACGGACCCCUACUUUAUGGUCAUUUGCAACGUUACGACUGGCAAGGCUGGGACAGACUCGGAACGGUGGCAUAGGAUUCAACUGCAACACCAAGAGGAGGCGCAUACCCUCGAUAAUACGCACUGUAUAUACACACUGCCAAAUUCAAUGGCGACUUAACUUUUAUUCCAUCC